AUGUUCAUCCGUACAAGCUUCUUGAGCGCAUUACUGCUGGGUUCGAUAUCUUUGGUGUCUGGACAACAGCAAUGCAAUGGUUACAGUGAAUUUUGUUCCAAGCCGUACAACGAAUUGACAUACGUCUUGACGCAUAACUCGUAUGCUUAUGCUGCCAAUCCCGCGUCCACCCAAAUGUGUGCCAUCACCUCGCAGUUGGCAGAUGGCGUACGAGCCCUAAAGUUAUCUGCUGUCAAGGCCGAAAACUCAUCUUCAUCCAUGAACCUAUGUCACACCUCUUGUUCCAUUCUUGAUGCAGGACCAGCUACUGAUACGUUAUCAAAGAUUGCAUCAUGGCUCAAAGACAAUCCCGAUGAAGUGCUCAGCAUCUUUUGGAAUAUUCCCAACCAUGACUUUCAAGCAUCCGAUUUCCAAUCGCCCUAUCAAUCCAGUGGUUUGCUCGACUAUGCACAUGUUCAAGAUGCCAACAACUAUACAUGGCCCACGCUUGGUGAAAUGAUUUCUUCAGGAAAGCGACUUGUCAAUUAUGUUGAAUCGGGUGCUGAUCAAGCGAGUGUCCCAUGGCUUCAUCCUGAAUUUAGCUACAAUUUCCAAACACCCUACGAGAAUUCAAAUGCAUCCGAUUUCAGCUGUACCAUUGAUCGACCUUCUGAUCCUAGCAACCCAUCCGAAAUGAUGUAUGGCAUGAACCACUACUUGUAUGGCAACUUGCCUAUGGGUUCAAACACUAUCCAGGUUCCUCAAUCAGGCUCGGCCAACAAGACCAAUUCGGAGGGAUCAUUGCUUGCCCAGGCCCAAGAAUGUACUCAGACAUUUGGCAGAGCGCCUAAUUUCUUGAUUGUCGACUUUUACAAUCGAGGCCAGACCCUUCAAAUCGCUGCUCAGCUUAACAAUGUCACCUUCCAGAACACUACCGCCUUACAAUGCGAUGCACAAAACACUGCCAGUGAUGAUUCAACAGGUGCAUCGGCCACUUUGGUGGCAGCACCUUUUGUCACUGCCUUGUUCUCUGUGGCCGUCGUCAUGACCUUUUUGUAA